UAUUGACAUUUUUUUCCCGUUCAAAAAAAAAUAUUGACAUUUUUUUCCCCAACUGCCGGCGAUAUGGCCGCUACGGCCGCCUCCUCCCUGUCCGCCGCCGCCGCCGCCGCUCGCCGGAGCUUCCCCUCCCGCCUCCGACUCCUAGCACGCCGCCGCCGCCUCCCGUUCUCGUCCACCGCCUCCUUCUCCGCCGCUGCGCCACCGGCUGCCGCGGCGAGCUUCGGCUGGGAGGACGCCCUCCGGGUCGCCGCCGACGACCGGCGGGGCGACGAGUCCGACCUCUCCGGGUACUCCCGGAAGGUCGACACCUGCAACCGAGGAAUGGACAAGAAGGGGGAGUUCGUGGCGUUCAUGGUGGAGGAUCAGGUUGUGGGGUAUAUCCACCAAGGUUUUGUUGAACAUCUAAGAGACUUCCGUGAUGUUUUUACCAUUGCCUCGGGCAGCAAUGGAAGCAAUAAUGUUGAACAUGUGACUCUCCAUUCAUCUCUAAGGACUCCAGAUGAACGAACAAAUGCUGUUGGAAGUGUCAUAAGAAGUCUAGGAGAUCUGAUUCCAGGUAUUCGAAAUGAGCUCUAUCCAAUAACAUCAUCUUAUGGCAUGCCUGUGUACUUCUCUCUGGAACGUGCUGCUGCCCCCUACUUUGGUAUAAAGGCUUAUGGAGUUCAUAUGAAUGGGUAUGUUGAGAAGGAGGGCCAGAAAUUUCUUUGGAUUGCUAAGAGAAGUGAUACGAAGCAGACCUUUCCAGGAAUGCUUGAUCAUCUUGUUGCAGGUGGCCUGCCAUAUGGAAUCUCCUGUGAAGAGAAUGUUAUCAAGGAAUGUGAAGAGGAAGCAGGAAUCCCAAGAUCCAUUUCAAGCAAUGCUACCUCUGUUGGAGCGAUCUCUUACAUGGAUAUUGAAGGGUUUAGAUACAAAAGGGAUGUUCUCUUCUGUUAUGACCUUAAACUUCCUCCAGAUUUUGUUCCUAAUAAUGAAGAUGGAGAGGUUGGUAGCUUCAGAUUAAUCCCUGUACCACAUGCUGCAAAUAUUAUCCGGAGGACACAUUUUUUCAAGCCAAAUUGCAACCUUGUGAUUAUUGACUUCCUCUUCCGUCAUGGGUAUAUAAACCCAGAUUACCAUGGCUACCUAAAGCUGCUGCAAAGCUUGAGGAGAGGUGAUUGCUCGUAGUGCUGCCUUCAGUUCAGACUGAUUAUGAGGAUUUUAAAUUCAAGACUUUACUCUGUCAAGUGCUUUCAUCUCCUCCAGUGAUCACUGUUUGUAAUCACAUUUGUCGAGCAUUGGUUCAGAUUCUUGAAAACCUUAACCUCCAUGGCUCCAUAUGCAUACAAUCUGAAGCAUCAACGGUGGCUCGGAUUAUCCAACUAGCAAGUGCAAAUGUUUGCUUGAUAUUUGAUUUUUGCCAAACAAGUUCGGGUGUUUGAUUUGCUUCAGCGAAUUUGUGAUGAUGGACACCAGGCGUUGCGGAAGGUGGAUCACAUGGCAUGGAACCAUGGAUGGAUAGUUCGUCCCUUAUCCUGUCUCUUUUUUUUUUUUUCUGGAAAACAGAGGAUAGUACUGGAUUUGAGUAUGAACAUAAAUAGUGAGGGAAUAUGAAUUCAUAUAUGGAGGAAAUAUAUGUCAAGCUAAAAGGGAA